GCCUUUGGCGCCUCAGGCCGCGAGCGCAUCACCUCGGAUGUCUGUCUCCGACGUCAUGCACUCACUUUCUUUCUUCGCCGCAGCUCCAGCACUUCUUGAUGGACAUUCCAUCGGCCUUCCAACACUCUGAAUUUGUUGCAAUCACUACUAGUCUAGAAUGAUUCCCACGGCCAGAUGUCUAGCUGCCAAGCCCUCAGGCUUCAUCAAGCGCAGUGUAGAUGAGCUGAGCCGCCUCUCCAAAAUUGCCUGGAACUCCGAAGCUCUCCACACUCCGACGAAACCUUACGUACUCCUUGACUUCGAAGAUGCCUCCACUGUCGCCGGCUGUAAGACAAUGGCCGACCGCGCCGUCGGAGGCUUCAGCACCGCCAGCUUGGACCAUGUUCCCGCGGACCCCUCGACAAACAGCCCGGCGCACGCUCAUUUCCACGGAAGUAUUUCGACCAGAUUGCCACCGAACUGGCGGGUGGAAAGGACCGGCUACGCCGCCUUCCGCAACCAUGAUCGGGGCCUGUGGCUCUUCGGUCGGCUCUUCUGGGACGUCGACCCGUACGCCUACCUCGCGCUGCGCGUGAAAUCCGACGGCCGGCGCUACACCGUCAACAUCCAGACCGACUCCGUCGUCGAGACCGACAUCCACCAGCACCGCCUGUACACCCGGCAUCACCGCGUGCAGCAGCAGGCGCCGGCCCGCGACCCCUACUCCCCCUUCCCCGCCGAGGAGGCCAACAUCGAGUCGCCCGAGCUCGCCGACAAGAUCUACCCCAACGGCAUCAUCCCGCCGGCCCUGUCGGACGUGCCGCCGGAGUCGACCAUCAUUUCUUCGGCCAGUCAUCAUGUGACGACCACCGGGGAGGCGGUCGAGUCGACGGGCUGGGAGACAAUCCUCUUGCCCUUCAAUGCGUUUGUGCGCACGAAUUUCGGGCUCGUCGUCGAGCCGCAGACCUCUCUGCUGCGGCAGCGCAUCCGGAGUAUUGGCAUCGGGUUGACGGACCGGGUGGAUGGACCGUAUGAUCUGCGGAUUCACAAGAUCUGGGCGACAAAUGGGAUGAGUGAGGCGGAGAUUGAGGAGGAGAGGCGCAUCUGUGGGGCGGAUGCGCUGGAGGUGGAUGAGGGCGUCAGGACUAAUUGGAUGGGUGAGCCGACUCAGUCCGAAGCGGAGGAGGCACAGGCCGGUAAGCGGCAUGCAGCGGACGGUGCUGCUUCUUCUUCGGCUUCCAAGAGCCAGAACAAGGGCAAGGGACUCAAAGGACUGCGUGAUGAAUGGGCUUGAUGAAAAGCAGAGGGACCGCGACCAUUAGAUUGAUACCACCACCAUGAAACUGUACAUUAGGGAAUUGAAUGUGAAUUAUAUAUCCC